GCCCGCCCAGGCAGAUUGCUUUUCUCAGCCGGAGUAGAGGGUGGCAGUGCUCCGUUGCUAUACUUGCUCUUGCAGUCUCCAGCCCGGGCUGCCAAGAGUACCGCCCGAAAAAGCUGCACGGUGUCCGAGCCUAGCGCUUGUUCCGACGCUCCCUCCUUUGCAGAAACUCUGCUUGCUUUUCCAGCAUGUCUGUGGAACUGGAAGAAGCUGAUCUGCCCCUAACUGAGGCAGAAGAGGCGCCGCUGGCUCCCGAGAAGAAAGGUGUUUCCAAGAAGGCCAAAGGUGCCGGGUCGGUUCUCUCCCCAUCCAAGAAGAAGAAAAACAAUAAGAAAAAAAAUCAGCCGGGCAAGUAUAGCCAGCUGGUGGUAGAGACGAUCCGCAAGCUGGGCGAGCGUAAUGGCUCCUCGCUGGCCAAAAUAUACAAGGAAGCCAAGAAAGUGGCCUGGUUCGACCAGCAGAACGGGCGGACCUACCUGAAAUACUCCAUCAAGGCGCUGGUGCAGAACGACACCCUGCUCCAAGUGAAGGGCACCGGCGCCAACGGCUCCUUCAAGCUCAACAGGAAGAAGCUCGAGGGGGGCAGCGAAGGCGGCCCCACCGGCGCUGGCGGCGGCAGCUCUCAAGCCAAAUCACACAAGAAGGCAAUCGCGGCUUCCACUUCCCGCAAGCCUGAGAAGAAGCCCGUCUCCAAGAGCAAAAAGCCGGAGAAGAAAUCGCACAAGAAGAGCACCAGCGGCGGGACCGCGAAGAAAGACAAGGUGAAAACCAAGAAAGCCACCAAGAAAAGCGCCGUCUCCCCCAGCGCGAAGAAGAAGAAAUCUGCAAAGCCCAAGGCGCUCAAGAGCAGAAAGUGAGCCUCUCCAGCAGCGCGAGAGCGAGAAGGGGGGCCGCUUUCCUUGGCGCCCCUCCAGGACUCUCGAACCCCAAGACAUUGACUCUGGCUCUGAACAGACCCAUCUUACUUGCUUCGGUUUUUGUUUAGCUGGGCCCUGUUUCUGCAGUUGUGUUGCGGCUAGGGAGGGAAGGGAAGGGUUUCUUCUUCAUAUCCUUUACGCUUUGGGGCCACCUGUUUCUGUUCGUCCCAGGCCUCUCCCAGCCACCGCCCUUCAAUAGAGUGCUUUUUGCCAUUGAUUGGGGAUAGUGCGGGGUUUGCUUUUUUUUUUUUUUUAAUUCCGCUUUGUAAAAAUGGUCUCUUUCUCCUUUCCCAGAAUCUGGGUGAGGCGCGUGCACCCCCUUCCCUGCAACUCCCACACAAUGCAGGGAGGGGGUCGCUAGUUGGGGUGGCUACCACCGAAGAAGGGUUGAAUAGCCACCCCAGUCUCGCCGCCUCUUCGAUGCAGCUGUGCCGUCAUGGCAACGGCCCGGGUUGCAAGGACGUCUGGGCUUUUCCUUUAUAUUUAAAAAACACCACCUUGGCGGGGGGGGGUGUGUUUCUUUGAAUUGCGGGCAACAUUGCAUGCGGAGUGGGAGGGCGUGUGGGACCAAGUGACCGGCGGCUGGGCUGGUUUUGCCUUGGGCAGACCUACGGAGUGCUACGUAUCGUCAAUCUAGGGAGGGUGGAGGGAUUGCAAGUCGCCCUCCUCUUCUGGAAGAGCUUGUAUUGCUUUUUGAGGUCCAGUCUUCAAUGGCCUCCACCCCCUCCCCCCGCCCUUGCCUUUUGUUUUUGUUCAAUAAAUCGUUUUAAAACCUUGUUUUCUA